AUGGCACGUACAGCCGCCGGACGUGGAGUGAUCGCUUCUGCCGCAAAACUCCAAAUCGACGAACUUGAAUAUGUCAUCGCGCAUCUCAUUGCCACCCGCAAUCUCGACAUCUCCAGCAUCCGCCAAAGAUCCGAACGCAUGCAAGCAGAAAUGGUCGCGCGACAAGAAGAGAGACAAACCACCAUGAGCCGAAUUGUCGCGGCGCUGCGUCUUCUUCCCGGAUAUGUAUUUCGCCAACUCGUUUUAUGUAUUCUGCAAAAUAAUCCUUUGAAUCAGCAAUUGCUGGUGGAGAAUUGGGAGCAACAAUUCAAUGAUCUGGAUACCGAGUUUGAGGGGGAUCCGGUCUUGGUUGAUGCGCUUGCGUUGUUUGCCUAUAUGAAUGCGAAAUCUUCGUUGACUCUCAGAUUGAUCAUUUCGUUUAUGGCGGGGAAUGAUAGUACGCUUCGUGGGUAUUUGAAGAGGACCCUGUUGAUCACGAAAGAGGAUGGAAGUCUUGAGAUCAGAACUUUUGAUCCGUUUGAGAGAGCGCCAUCUCCUGUAGUUGAGUUGGCACCGAGAAUUCCUAGGAUGUUCUUGCAGGAACCUUCUGAACAUCCUGUUAUGGUGGAUAACGAACAGUCGAUGCGGGAUACUUCGAGUGAUUGGGAGAUUGAGGAGAAGGUUUUUGUGCGAGACGCUUCUGAUGAUUCCUAUGCCAGUGAUACACCAUCUUUUCGAGAAGAAGCUUUGCCGGAGUUUGCUGAGGUCUUUGAUCUCGGUGAUGAGGCUUCUUUGAGGGAUACUUCGAACGAUGGGAAUGUGGAGGAGACGGUGUCUGUGCGAGAGACUUCUGUUUCUGAGGACUCGUGUGUCAGUGACACGACACAUUUGCAAGAAGAAGAAACUUCAGAUUUUGUUGAGGACGCAUCGGAGCUCAGUGAUGGGUCUUCUCUGGGAAGUACUCCUUUAAGAGAACCUUACGAAGUGACGGAUAUCAGUGGCUGGACGGAUGGACAGGAAGCUAGGUUUCGAGCAAAUUAG